UGUGUGACUGUGUUGUAUCUUUGGCUCUGACGGGCUGUUGCUGCUGCUGCUUACGUGUCUCCUACGUACGUGACGCCGCACCACCUCCCUUCUCUCUCUCCUCCCUUCGUGCGGUGGACAGGCUCUUCUCGGCUAGUACUGCAACACACUGAGAUAAUGGCUGUACCUCCCACCUAUGCUGACCUUGGAAAGUCUGCCAGGGAUGUUUUUACCAAAGGAUACGGCUUCGGGCUCAUCAAGCUGGACUUGAAAACAAAGUCUGAGAAUGGACUGGAGUUCACCAGCACUGGCUCUGCCAACACCGAGACCAGCAAGGUAGCUGGAUCUUUGGAAACCAAAUACAAGUGGGCAGAGCACGGACUGACCUUCACAGAGAAGUGGAACACGGACAACACUCUGGGGACUGAGAUCACCAUCGAGGAUCAGUUGGCUAAGGGCCUGAAACUUACAUUGGAUUCCUCCUUCUCGCCAAACACCGGCAAGAAGGGCGGAAAGCUCAAGACAGGCUACAAGUGCGACCACAUCAACGUUGGCUGUGACGUUAACUACGACAUCAACGGCACAGCCAUCCACGGCGCAGCUGUGGUGGGCUACGAGGGCUGGCUGGCUGGCUACCAGAUGACCUUUGAGGCCGGCAGGAACAGGAUUACCCAGAGCAACUUCGCAGUUGGAUACAAGACUGAUGAGUUCCAGCUCCACACGAAUGUAAACGAUGGUACCGAGUUUGGUGGUUCCAUCUACCAGAAGGUGAAUGACAAGCUGGAGACGGCCGUCAACCUGGCCUGGACUGCUGGAAACAGCAAUACCCGCUUUGGCAUCGCUGCCAAGUAUCAGAUUGAUCCCGACGCAUCCUUCUCUGCUAAGGUGAAUAACUCCAGCCUUGUGGGCCUGGGCUACACUCAGACUCUGAAGCCAGGUAUCAAGCUGACACUUUCUGCUCUCCUUGAUGGCAAAAACAUCAACGCUGGCGGUCACAAGCUUGGGCUUGGUCUUGAAUUCCAGGCAUAGAAGGAUGGGGGGAAAAAAUCCUUCCAGUCCUCAAAACACACAUGCACCCCCCACCAAAAAAAACCUUUAUUGAUUAGCUCUCCUUCACAAAUCCCUAUGUCCCCUAAAGAUGUUAUAUAGCUGGAAGCAAGACAGCGUACAGGUCAAAUUGCGCCAAUUUACCACUUUUUAUGGACCAUUUCUGGGAACAUUAUAUUUUGAAAUGAAAGAGCCCACUUUAGAACAAAAUUAUAACUGUUGAACAGAAGGUUUUAUCUUGAAUUGUGUAGCUUGCAAGGGAAAAAUAGCCUUGAGUACAUUCAAGUUGGCCUCACUUUUUUUUUGUUCAUUUCACAACAUUCGUGCAUAAUGCUUUAAUUUGUGUCUCUGCUUUCCAAUGCAGUGAAAAGGGAAUCAAAAUAGAUCAGCCCGAAAUGCAAAAAGGGCUCAGCACAGUUAGUCUGCAGUUAAGUAGUUUGGCCACCAGAUGGUGCUGUUGAGUAGCACCAGCAAGCGCUCCUCACUAAAAGGCGUAGUGAUGAAUUCAUUUUUAUUUAAGCACGUUGGCACUGGAGAGCCCUAGUAUCUGUCUUGAUAUAUUGUACAAUGGGAAGGGUUAGUUGUCCCUGGCGUAAGCAGCUGUGAGUAGCUCAAAGAGACACUACAACCCGACGUGUACAUUCUGUGUUUUUGUCUCACUUGUCUUUUUGUGUCUGUGCAUUUGGUGUGAAUCAUGUCUUUUGUUACAAAUAGCAAAAAUAAUGUUAUUUUAUUGAUGGUCUUACAUAGUUUAAUGCACCUGAAGUCUUAGGAAGGGAAAAGACUUGUCAAUUCUUCCUGGUCGAGCAAACAGGAUGCAACCCAUCACGCACACAGCCGAACUUCUCUGGGUGAGAGCUAGAGUGCUUCUUUUGAAGAAGAAUGAUGGCCAGGAAAUUGUAGUCUUCCACAAAUGAUUAUGGGAAUCAUGCUUAGUGUACUUGGCAGUAUUGUCAUUCCCUGAACUAAAUAAAGAACAUCUUGAACCGGU